UAACAUUCAGGUAAAGACUCGAAAAUGAUUAAGAAAGAAGUGAGAAUACGAAAGAAGGGGUUUUAUUGCCAAAUGAAGAAGGCUCACGAGACACGCAUGGGGUCAGCCACAUGCUAUCCCUCCUCCUCCUCCUUCUCUCUCCGGUGGUGGUGACUCGCCGGAAAACACCCACUGCCACCUCUAACGCCGCCGCCGGCGAACACCCUUCUCAAAAUCUCACCCGACCCAAUUCACCUUUCUCCUCUCUCUUCUCAAUUCCCCAUCUGGGUAUCCCUGUUUCCCUCAAAGUUCUCUUCUUUUUCGUGAUUCAGAAGUGCUCAGUGAUACCCUUUUCUUAGAACAAUGAGAGCGGGGAAAGGGAGUCAGGAAGAGGAUGAGUACGAGGAAGAAGAGUUUGGUUCUUCCAAGAAACAGGGCACUUCCUCUGCCCCUAACACCAAUAAAGCAGAUGGAAAAGCCAUCGAUAAGGCUAGUGCGAUAAGAUCGAAACAUUCUGUGACUGAGCAGCGGAGAAGGAGCAAGAUAAAUGAGAGAUUCCAGAUAUUGAGGGAUCUCAUACCUCAUAGUGAUCAAAAGAGGGACACGGCAUCAUUUUUAUUAGAGGUGAUAGAGUAUGUUCAGUACUUACAGGAGAAGGUACAAAAGUAUGAAGGUUCAUAUCAAGGUUGGGGUCAAGAACCCUCGAAGUUGAUGCCAUGGAGAAAUAGUCAUUGGCGUGUCCAGAGCUUUGCCGGUCAACCCACGGCUGUAAAGAAUGGUUUGGGUCCAGUAUCACCUUUUCCUGGAAAGUUUGAUGAAAGCAAUGUUAGUAUCUCUCCAACUAUGCUUAAUGGCUCCCAGAAUACAAUAGAUCCUGAUCAGAGCAGGGAUAUUGUCAACAAAACGGCUGAGAGGCAACCUGAUUUAGUAAGCAAGGGAAUACCUCUUCCCCUUGCUAUGCAUGCAAACAUGUCUGUUCCUGUCAGAAGUGAUGGCGUACUUGCACAUCCUCUUCAGGGAACUGUUUCUAAUGCACAAUCAACUGAAUGCCCAACAACUAGUGAACCACAGAAUCAACAGGAUGAACUCUCGGUUGAAGGAGGGACAAUUAGCAUCUCAAGUGCAUACUCCCAAGGGUUGUUGAAUAAUCUAACUCAAGCGCUACAAAGUGCUGGUUUAGAUCUGUCUCAGGCUAGUAUAUCAGUUCAGAUUAAUCUUGGGAAACGGGCAAACAAAGGACUGAAUUGUGGGACCUCUUCUCUCAAGCAUCAUGACAACCCUUCUUCAAACAAUCAAACAAUUGCACAUUUUAGAGAUGCAGGCAGUGGAGAAGACUCUGAUCAAGCACAAAAAAGAAUGAAAACAUAUAAGUGAUAUAUAUGUGGCAUUUUCAUGAGAAUCCACUUGCAUCCAGAUUUCUCACUUAUUCUUGGUGCAGCAUAUAACUUGUGGUUACUGUACAUCCUUCCCCAUUUGUUUGACUUUUAAUGGUUAUUUUAAAACUAUUUAAACCUUGAACACGAUAAUUUGUGGAGAUAUUGAGGCUUCUACUGUAGGGAGCAUGUCAUCUAUUUCGCUUGUAUAAUACAUAUUAUAAUUAUAAUUAUUCAGUAUUAUUGAGCUUUUGGAUGGCAAUUUUAUGAUA